AUCCGUAAAGUGGAACGGGAACAGGAAGUGCCGUAAAGCAUCACCGGAUUGUCGCUAGUAGUUAUUGGCUUCAUGCUAGGUUCCUAUGCCCUCACUGUCGCAAACUCGCGGGCUGCCUGAGUGGGAGGCGAGGCCGUUGGGUUCCGUUAUGGCGGCUCUGCCGGAGGAGCCGGCCGAAACAGUAGCAGUGAAGCCAGACCCCGAUGCAGGAGCGCCUCCGCCGCCCCCUCUUCCUCAGUCACCGGCGGCGGUAGGUGCAGCAGUUGCUCCACCUGGCCCCUCGGUCGCCGCUCCCCUCACGGAAGGGGAGCCAUUGGCGGGAGGAACUGAUACCAAGCCGCCAGUGGCCCCCAGUCCUGCACCAGCCGCUUCCCAACUACCCACCGACCGGCAGACGCUGCUGGCUGUGCUUCAAUUCCUGCGGCGCAGUAACCUCCGCGAGUCCGAGGAGAUCCUCCGGAGGGAGGCCCGGCUGCUCGCCGACGAGGUCGCGGCUGAUUCUAGUCCCUCGGCGCCCGGAGUCCAGGCAUCCCAUGGCGCGGAAGGACAGGAGCCCAGCGUCGGGAUCGCGGCCCCCGGAUCUGGGGACUUGCUGCUCAACUCGGUUACUUUUGGCCAGACCGGGGCUACCAUCUCUCCUGCCACCGUCACGGCCCCUCCCACAGUGCCCUUGGGGGGCCCCGGGAAAGUUGGUGUCCUUGUGGAAGAUCAACCGGAUGUGAGUGCAGUGCUGUCUGCCUACAAUCAGCAGGGAGACCCAGCGCUUUAUGAAGAGUACUACAGUGGACUAAAGCACUUUAUUGAAUGUGCUCUGGACUGUCAUCGAGCUGAGUUAUCACAGCUUUUUUACCCUCUUUUUGUGCACAUGUACUUGGAACUAGUCUACAACGGGCAUGAAAAUGAAGCAAAGUCCUUCUUUGAAAAAUUUCACGGGGAUCAGGAGUGUUACUAUCAAGAUGACUUGCGUGUACUAUCAAGUUUAACAAAAAAAGAGCACAUGAGAGGGAAUGAGACAAUGCUGGAUUUCCGAACAAGCAAGUUUGUACUGCGCAUUUCCCGUGAUUCUUACCAGCUUUUGAAGAGACACCUUCAGGAAAAACAGAACAAUCAGAUCUGGAAUAUUGUUCAAGAACAUCUUUACAUUGAUAUCUUUGAUGGAAUGCCUCGCAGUAAACAACAGAUUGAUGCUAUGGUGGGAAGCUUGGCAGGAGAGGCAAAAAGGGAGGCUAAUAAAGCAAAGGUCUUUUUUGGCUUAUUAAAAGAACCAGAAAUUGAGUUGCCUUUGGAUGAUGAAGAUGAAGAAGGGGAGAAUGAGGAGGGGAAGCCAAAGAAGAAGAAGCCAAAAAAAGACAGCAUGGGAUCAAAAAGUAAAAAGCAAGAUCCAAAUGCUCCUCCACAGAACAGAAUCCCUCUUCCUGAACUAAAGGAUUCUGAUAAGCUGGAUAAAAUAAUGAAUAUGAAGGAAGCCACUAAGCGUGUACGUCUUGGUUCAGAGUGCUUGCCUUCCAUUUGUUUCUACACAUUCCUUAAUGCAUACCAGGGCCUUACAGCAGCAGACAUUACAGAUGACUCUAGCAUGAUCGUUGGAGGCUUUGCUGACUCCACUGUCAGAGUAUGGUCUGUGACACCAAAAAAGCUACGAAGCGUGAAAUCAGCAGCUGAUCUCAGUCUCAUAGAUAAAGAAUCUGAUGAUGUUUUAGAAAGGAUCAUGGAUGAGAAAACAGCAAGUGAGUUGAAGAUUUUAUGUGGUCACAGUGGACCUGUCUAUGGUACCAGCUUCAGCCCUGAUAGGAACUACUUGCUAUCAUCCUCAGAGGAUGGCACUAUUAGACUGUGGAGCCUCUUAACCUUUUCGUGCCUGGUGGGAUACAGAGGACACAACUACCCUGUAUGGGACACACAGUUCUCUCCCUAUGGAUAUUACUUUGUAUCUGGUGGUCAUGACAGAGUGGCUCGCUUGUGGGCUACAGAUCACUACCAGCCUUUGCGGAUUUUUGCUGGCCAUCUUGCUGAUGUCACAUGUACACGUUUUCAUCCGAACUCCAACUACAUUGCUACAGGCUCAGCAGAUAGGACAGUGCGGCUGUGGGAUGUACUGAAUGGGAACUGUGUAAGAAUCUUCACAGGACAUAAGGGACCAGUUCAUUCAUUAGCAUUUUCUCCUAAUGGAAGAUUCUUGGCAACUGGAGCAACAGAUGGAAGAGUGCUUCUGUGGGAUAUUGGCCAUGGUUUGAUGGUGGGGGAGUUAAAAGGGCACACAGACACAAUCUAUGCACUCAGAUUCAGUAGAGAUGGAGAAAUAUUAGCAACAGGUUCAAUGGAUAACACAGUAAAGCUAUGGGAUGCCAUGAAAGCCUUUGAGGACUUAGAAACAGAUGACUUUACUACAGCCACUGGACAUAUAAACCUGCCUGAAAGCUCACAAGACUUGUUGUUGGGUACAUACAUGACCAAAUCGACCCCUGUCAUACAUCUCCAUUUUACCCGCAGAAAUUUGAUUCUCGCUGCUGGGGCAUAUAGUCCUCAGUGACCUACAAGACUUGAUUGUACAGGUCUUGUGAAGAUCUUAGAAUAUCUUGAAUUAUUAAAGACCAUAAUGUAUAUAUUAUACAAAUGAAUAGAACUUGUCUACUGAAACAAACAGGAUGAACUAUGAUGAUCCAAGCAACACCUUCAGUAACUGCUUUUUUAACUCCCAGUGGAACGCUGAGAUACCAACAUCAAAAGCAGAGGGAAAGAAAAGUGUAUAGUGCAGUAUGGCUUUUUAAAAUACAUAAAUAGUAUCUGGGAAUUUCUUAACCAUAGCCACAAAAUGGCAAUGGGCACAACUGGUAGUGCCAGUUGCAUUAAGCAAAAGUACUCUUUAAAAGCACUUAGCACAGGUGUAAUCACUACACAGAAUUUUCUUUACCAGUAAGACUUACUCGUAUAAGUUCUAGAAGAGUGGAAUUUAUCUGUAUGGAGCUGAAUGGUUAUUGUGAGUAAUGUAAUCUCUUCAAUGCUGAAGAGCAUAAAUUGAACAAAUUCAUGCAAGAUUGAAAUUGGAUAAAAUUUAAUUAAGUGGCAUUUUAGGAGAUUUUUUUUUACAAAUACUUGAAACCUUUUUAACUGAGUUUUCACUUCCCCAACAAUUUUGGAUAUGAAAGUAUAGACUCCCCCCCCCCAAGGCUGGGGGGCGGGGGAGGAGAGAGGAUCUUGAUUCUUUAUGUGAAGUAUUUGCCAAGCAAAAAUAUAUUCUUUGAACCCUGUCUACAAUGAGAAUGUUAGUAACUCAUUCAUGCUUUCUGUAAAAAAAAAAACCUGUGUCACAGCUAUAUAUUAAUUGUUGAAAUCUAGCAGAAAACUAGCAUGGAUCCUUUAGUUUAAAAAUACUGCUAUGGUUUUGCAUUUUGUACAGUUUUGUACUUUUGAUAUAUAAUAAGAACUUUUAUGCAUGUC